AUGAACCCAGCCUGCGAUCGAUGCCAUCGGCGGAAAUCCCGAUGCGACAAGGCUGUUCCAUCGUGCGGACCAUGCAGGAAAGCCGGAGUCGCCUGCAAAUACGUGAACCACACCCGCGACCGCCAGAAAGCGUUAGAGAGGCUGCAGCGGCGCAUUGAGCAGCUCGAGGGCGAGAAUCGCCUGUUGACACAGCAAUUGGGAAGCCAGACUACACCCGCCCAGUCCAAUAGUGCAGGGUAUCGGCCGUCGGUGCCGAUCGAGACGGAGCGGCCUGCAGAGCGCGAGGCCCUGAGCAACGAGCUCACGGAGGAGAUCUCCUUCUUAUCCAGUCGCGCUGGGGGAGAGAAUCAAUUCCUGGGGUCGACGAGUGGAGUGCUCCUGGCGAGCCUGGUCGACGCCACUGUACAUGCACCCUCGCAUGGCCCGAGAGUCGAGAGCAGGCCUGUCGCCAGCCCGUUGAAUGGGAUAACGCCUUCAAGUUCUGCAGUGGAUGUAUCGCCGGUUCCAGAUGAGCGAGUUGCCCGAGCACUACACCAUGCGUACUUUGAGCAUGACCAUGUAUCGUAUCCAUUCCUGCAUCGUGCCACCGCGUUGGCGAACCUGGACAAGGCGUACCAGGAUGAGUCGUUUCUCAGUCAAGAUGCUUUCUCGUACUAUUCAUUUAACAUGAUACUCGCCAUUGCGACGGCGAGUGUAUAUAAAUUCGACCGCGAGUCGCUGCCUGACGCAGAGACGUAUCAUCUACGUGCAGCAGAGCGGUUAAACGAGGUUCUGCAGCGAGGCGAUACACAGGCUUUGCAGGCGAUGCUGUUACUGUGUCAAUAUCGCAUGGUCAAUUCGGUACAGGAUACGUCAACCAGUAUGUGGCAUCUUGUUGGCGUUGCAGCGCGCAUGUGCUUGGAGCUUGGACUGCAUCGAGAGCAGGUCUACCAAGUACCCAAGCCAAGUGAGAUGAGCUCGAGUAUCGUUGUUGCACAUGAGAUCCGCCGGCGCUGCUUCUGGUCUGUGAUUGCGAUGGACAGGAUUGUCAGCAUCACCCUGGGAAGACCACUGGCCAUUCGGCUGCAAGAUACAGACGUCGCUCUUCCCGAUCCCUCUUUGGAUAGUCUGGUCAACGACCCCUCUGGUCUGUGUAUAACGGCCCUGUUCGUCCACAUCGUCCGGUAUCGUGUCAUCUGCGGCGACAUCAUGUCCGCCCUACACACCGGCUCAACACGCACCCAGACAGACGCAGAGUCUGCCCUACGAGCCCGCGACAAUCUCGCCAAUACCCUCGCCCAGUGGCAUUCCGAUACAGCCAAUCUAUCCCUCGAAGACGAACCAAGCUCGCAGCCCCAACACCAAUCCAGUUUCCGCACCCCCGAGUGGUACGCAAUGCUAUACUACAAUGCACUUCUCAUGCUCUAUCGACCAUCGCCCGCGUUAUCGGGUAUAUCAAUGCGCGAUCCCACCGUGCUGCAAAGUAUCUUCGUCGCUGCAAAACAGGCGAUCACUAUCUACGCCCAGCUUCACCGUUGGAAACGGAUAAAUUACACCUGGAUUACGCUUCACGCUGUAUUCAUGGCUGGACUUUCAUAUAUCUACGCUGUUGGUCGGCACUUCCGCUCGCAUAAGCGCAGGCAGGGCUCUACCACUACGCCAACAGCCUUCCUGGAAUCCGACCCCGCGAUUAUCGAUAUUGUGAAUGACUGUCGGACAUGCUCCAAUGUCCUCGUCGCUAUAUCCGAGCGCUGGAAUAUGGCGAAGAAUUGCUACGACGUGUUUAAUCGGCUCAGCGAUGCGGUUCUGCUUGAUGCUGUUGAGUAUCAUACCAAGCUAUCUAGCUCCCAAACUCCUGCCCAUGAUCCUAGUCCCCCUACUGAAGGACCAAAUAUGGACUGGGAUGGUAUAAGUGCAGGACCGUUGGCCGUCGACUCCGUCCUACGUGAUUGUCUCGACGACCUGCAGCAUUUCCAACCAUCUGCAUACGGCGACGACCCCGUCGGCCAGCUCUCCCACGACUGGAUGGGCGAGAUUGAAGGAAUGGGGUUUAAUCUAUUUCUAUAUGAUACACAUUCCCAGGUCUAA